AUGAAGUACUUACUUGUGGUGGCAGCACUGCUGCUUUGCGUCGAGGUGGGCGCCGUAACGAAUCCGGUCAUGUGGAUUCUGGUGCAUCACUCUCUCAAAGCGGCGCGUGAAGAUCCGAUCGUCAGCCCGGGGCAGGUAUCGUCGCAUGCGCACUCGUUCGUAGGUGCCAAUGGGGUAUCUGCCACCACUACCACGGCGUCGUCUCUCGAAGAGGCAUCGACGUGCACCACUGCGGGGCUUACGGCCGACAUGUCGGCGUACUGGGCGCCCUCGCUCUACUCGUACAAUGCGGACAACGAUACCUUCACGCCUCGCCCGCUGGACUAUGUCAACACCUACUACCUUGGACGCGGCAGUGCGCCGCUCGUAGCCUUCCCGCGUGGGCUGCAGAUGCUCGCCGGCAAUGCGACACGUCGAGGACCCGGACCGAACUACCAAGCGGACGACGCCGUCUCGUUCGUCUGCCUCAACUAUGCCGAUGGAAGCUCGCAGAGUCCAACGCUGCCGGAGCGAUCGUGUCCACAGGGUCUGCGAACGCAGGUGAUCUUUCCGUCGUGCUGGAACGGGCAAGACUUGGUGUCGAAGAAUCACACGCAUGUGGUGUAUCCGAUCGGGGAUAUCUCGCAGGGGAGCUGCCCCGACUCGAACCCCAUGCGUCUGCCUACGCUGUUCUACGAGUUUGUUUGGGGCGUAGGCAGCACGAACAACGCGGGCAACUCGAGCUGGGUGCUGAGCAACGGCGAUGCGCUGGGAUACUCGUUCCACGCCGACUUUAUCUCGGCGUGGGAUGAGAGUGUGUUGCAGCAGGCGCUCGACGAGUGCCGAGGAGCGCUGUUCAACGAUCUCGAGUCGUGUCCGCCGCUGGCCAAGACGCUCGAUCGCAAAAAGUCGCAGGAGUGCAGGGCUCAGUCGAGCGAGGCGACGAGUGGCAACAUCGAGUCGCUGCCGGGAUGCAACGUCGUCUGGAACGGUCCGCAUGCGGGCAAAGGGCUGGCGGAAGGAUGCGAUCCCAACAAGCUCAUGCUCAAGCCUGCCAACUGGCCUGCCACCAGCAGCACAUCCACGAACACAUCCACGUCCACAUCUACCUCGGCGACAUCGACAUCGGCAACCCUCACCCAGAAGGCUACCCAGGCUGUCGUCGCAGCACUGAGUCAGAGCGCCAAGACGAACGCGACACCCAAAGCGCAGCCCAAGCCCACCUUCAAGUCGAAGCCCCAACCCAAGCCCGCGCCCAAGCCGGUGAAAAAGCCAAAGAACAAGAACAAGAAGCCGAGCAAGAAGCCGCUCGCCAAGUCGCACGCGCGCAAACCCUCGAACCGGAACUAG